GUACGACAAUUUGAACAAGAUGACAUCUCCAAAGUUUGUUUUCUACCUGACAUGUUUGUGCUUUGGAAAAACUGCUCAGACAACUGAUGUGAAAUUCUCCUCAUCUGUUCAGCAAGAGAGUGGUUUUAUAUCAGCUACAAUUGGGGAUGACUUGACUUUGCAAUGUUUCUAUGAAGGUGAUGUUGCAGCAAGGUUUUACUGGUAUAAGCAAACUCUGGGGGAGAAACCAAGGCUCAUCUCUACUUUCUACAAGUAUGAAACAAAUGGAGUUUUUCACGAUGAAUUCAAGAACAAUCCACGCUUCACACUGGAAACUGAAAUCGGUAAAAAUCACUUGAAGAUAACAGAUUUGCAAAUUUCAGACUCAGCUACUUACUACUGCGCAUGUAGCUAUUCAUACAAGUUUGAAUUUGCAGGAGGUACAAUUAUUUACGUGAAGGGUUCAGGUUUGAACGUCCCAGCUUUGGUCCAUCAGUCAGCGUCUGAGACCAUCCAGCCAGGAGGCUCUGUGACUCUGAACUGUACAGUACACACUGGGAGCUGUGAUGAUGGAGAACACAGUGUUUACUGGUUCAAAAACUCUGAAGAGUCUCAUCCAAGACUCAUUUACAGCCAUGGAGGCAGGAAUGAUCAGUGUGAGAGGAAACCUGACACACAAACACACACCUGUGUCUACAACCUGCCGAUGAAGAGCCUGAAUCUUUCUCAUGCUGGGACCUACUACUGUGCUGUUGCCUCAUGUGGACACAUACUGUUUGGAAACGGGACCACGCUGGACUUUGAGCACGAGCUGGACUCUAUUGUCUUAGUGUAUAUCUUGAGUGGAGCUUUGGCAUUCACCACCAUCCUGAAUGUUUUACUGUUUUUUUUACUGUGCAUGAUCACCAAGAGAAACAGCUGCAAAUGCACAGAGUCUCAUGCAAGAGUAUCAGCUCCCUCCACAGUGAAUGCAGAGGGUGAUCAAGGCGAAGAAAGCAUCCAUUACGCAGCUGUAGGACAACACGAGGUCAACAGAUCUAGAAGACAAAGGGACAACAGCAAGUCUGAAUGUGUUUAUUCAAGUAUAAAGCAAUAGAGCUGUAUGUUUUUCUUUUUGUGUAACAAGACUAAUAAAGGCUUAUACAGAAGAAGAGGGUGCAACGAGAUUAUGUAAUGAAGAGCGAACCAGUCAAAGUUUAAACAAAAGAAACCAAUGGAUGUAUAAUAAUGGAGAGCACACCGGACAAUGAAAAGAGAAAGUUUUGAACAACUAAUAUUACAGCUGUGUAUGUGCUCUUAGAAGAACUCUGGUAACAGCCCUAGCAUGUUAAAAGCCACCCGGAGAUGGUAAAGAGAGCUUGCAGUGACCUAUGCAGUCACGGUAGGCCUGUGUCUUAUUUGCUCAAUCUGUUUUCAGUGUACUUCGUCAC